AUAGAGUUCGCGGGUCUAGCUGCUGGGGGCAGGAGCCGCACGCAGUGCGCCGCCGCGCGCCAAAGCGGGAAUCCAGGAGGCGGGCACCUCUGCAAUUAAUGCACGCAUUUAAAACUCCCGAACCUGCGGACGCCAUGCACAGGAAACACCUUCAGGAGAUUCCCGACCAGAGUAGCAACGUUACCACCAGCUUCACGUGGGGAUGGGAUUCUAGCAAGACUUCUGAACUGCUUUCAGGCAUGGGGGUCUCCGCCCUGGAGAAGGAGGAGGUGGACAGUGAGAACAUCCCCCAGGAACUGCUUUCAAACCUGGGCCACCCGCAGAGCCCCCCACGAAAACGGCUAAAGAGCAAAGGGAAUGACAAGGACUUUGUGAUUGUCCGCAGACCUAAGCUAAAUCGAGAGAACCUUCCAGGUGUUUCAUGGGACUCCCUUCCAGACGAGCUGCUCUUAGGAAUCUUCUCCUGUCUGUGCCUCCCUGAACUUCUGAAAGUCUCCAGUGUUUGUAAGAGAUGGUAUCAUCUAGCGUUUGACGAGUCUCUCUGGCAGACCUUAGACCUCACGGGCAGAAACCUCCACCCAGAUGUGGUUGGUCGGCUGCUGUCUCGAGGGGUGGUUGCCUUCCGCUGCCCACGAUCGUUUAUGGACCAACCGUUUGUUGAACGUUUCAGCCCUUUUCGUGUACAGCACAUGGACCUGUCGAACUCGGUGAUCGAUGUGUCUACCCUCCACGGCCUUCUGUCUCACUGCUCCAAGUUGCAGAAUCUCAGCCUAGAAGGCCUACGGCUUUCGGAUCCCAUUGUCAAAUGUGGAAACUGAGGAACAGAGAGGCUGAAUAACUUGUCCAAGGUCACACAGUUAGUAGGUGGCAGAACCAAGAUUUGAACCUGGCAAUAUAGUAUGAUUCCAGAACUCUCACUCUUAAUCACUGUUUCACUAACAUGAGGCAUUUGGGAAUGUAGAGGACAGGGCAAGAUUGAAAGAACCUAGUGACUUUAUAAGUAGAAGUUUACCAGUUGUGGGUGAAAUGGAAAAAUGUUUAUUUCAUUGCUGGUUUUUUUUUUUUAAGUACAUUGAUCCUUGUUUGUUGUGGACUUACUCUCUGUGCCAGGCACUGUUAAGGCCUUUAUUACAUUAUAUCAUUUAAUUUUAACAACCCUACCAAAAAGGUACUGAUCUUGCCAUUUCACAGAUUUUAAACUAAGGCAAAACAUCCUGCUUGGUGUCAUCCAGAUAGUAAGAUGUGAAUUUACACUCACUUCUGACUCAGAGGCCUGUGUGCUUUUAACUCUCUCACUUAGCCUCAUGCUUGUUGAUUGAGUAAGAGUGUCUUGGUGUUCUUAUGACUUUGUCUUCUUU